AUGUCCUCUUCCUCCCCCACCGGGCAGAUUGCAAGUGCGGCGGACAUCAAGCAGGAGAAUGGGAUGGAAAGCGCCUCGGAAGGGCAGGAGGCGCCUCGAGAAGUGGCGGGGGGCGCGGCGGCGGGGCUGAACCCCCCGGCUCCAGCCCCUUUUCCCCUGGAGCCGGGGGACGCCGCCGCCAGGGUGAGCGGAGAGGAAGGGGCAGUGGCGGCGGCGGCGGCGGCGGCGGCCGGAGCCGCGGCGGAUCAGGUACAACUCCACUCGGAACUUCUGGGCAGGCACCACCACGCCGCCGCCGCCGCCGCCCCCGCCGCCGCGCAGACCACACUGGCCUUCUCGCCCGACCAUGUCGCCUGCGUGUGCGAGGCGCUGCAGCAGGGGGGCAACCUGGACCGCCUGGCCCGGUUCCUGUGGUCCCUGCCCCAGAGCGACCUGCUACGUGGCAACGAGAGCUUGCUGAAGGCGCGGGCGCUGGUGGCCUUCCACCAGGGCAUCUACCCCGAGCUCUACAGCAUCCUCGAGAGCCACAGCUUCGAGUCGGCCAACCACCCGCUGCUGCAGCAGCUCUGGUACAAAGCGCGCUACACCGAGGCCGAGCGCGCCCGCGGCCGGCCGCUGGGCGCCGUGGACAAGUACCGGCUCCGCAGGAAAUUCCCCCUGCCCCGCACCAUCUGGGACGGCGAGGAGACGGUGUAUUGUUUCAAGGAGAAGUCGCGCAACGCGCUCAAGGAGCUCUACAAGCAGAAUCGCUACCCUUCGCCGGCCGAGAAGCGGCACCUGGCCAAGAUCACCGGCCUCUCCCUCACCCAGGUCAGCAACUGGUUCAAGAACCGCCGGCAGCGCGACCGGAACCCCUCGGAGACCCAGUCCAAAAGUGAGUCAGAUGGCAAUCCCAGCACUGAAGAUGAAUCCAGCAAGGGUCAUGAGGAUUUGUCUCCUCAUCCACUCUCCGGUUCAUCUGAUGGUGUCACCAACCUCAGCCUUUCCAGUCACAUGGAGCCAGUAUACAUGCAACAAAUUGGAAACGCUAAGAUACUAAGCUCCUCUGGAGUUUUGUUGAAUGGAAGCUUGGUACCUGCAAGUACUUCACCUGUCUUCCUUAAUGGUAAUUCUUUCAUUCAGGGACCCAACGGAGUUAUCCUAAAUGGAUUAAAUGUGGGAAAUACACAGACAGUGUCAUUGAACCCACCCAAAAUGGCAUCAAACAUUGUGAGCAAUGGUAUGUCCAUGACUGACAUACUGGGCUCUACCUCCCAGGAUGUGAAGGAAUUCAAAGUCCUCCAGAGUUCUUCAGCUAACUCAGCAGCCACCAGCUCCUACAGCCCGGUGUCGUUCCCGGGGCUGAUCCCCAGCACUGAGGUGAAAAGAGAAGGUAUUCAAACAGUGGCUUCCCAGGACGGAGGCUCUGUCGUGACUUUUACUACACCCGUGCAAAUUAAUCAGUAUGGCAUUGUCCAGAUCCCCAAUUCCGGAGCGAACAGCCAGUUUCUUAAUGGAAGCAUUGGAUUCUCUCCACUGCAGCUGCCUCCUGUUUCAGGGGCAGCUUCACAAGGUAAUGUUUCAGUAAAUUCAAGCACUUCAGAUGGGAGCACAUUUACAAGUGAGUCUACCACAGUCCAGCAAGGAAAGGUUUUCUUGAGCUCUCUUGCUCCCAGUGCAGUGGUAUACACUGUUCCUAAUUCAGGCCAGACUCUAGGAUCUGUUAAACAAGAGGGCUUGGAGAGGAGCCUGGUAUUUUCUCAGUUGAUGCCUGUCAAUCAGAAUGCACAAGUAAAUGCAAAUAUAUCUUCUGAAAAUAUCUCGGGGAGUGGCCUCCAUCCAUUGGCCUCCUCAUUAGUUAAUGUAUCCCCAACUCACAGUUUUUCCCUGACUCCCCCUACCCUACUAAAUCCCUCUGAACUAAACCCUGACAUUGCUGAUAGCCAGCCAAUGUCUGCACCUGUGGCAAGCAAAUCUACUGUGACAUCUGUCAGCAACACUAACUAUGCAACUCUUCAGAACUGCUCCCUUAUUACUGGUCAGGAUCUGUUGUCCGUCCCCAUGACCCAGGCUGCCCUUGGGGAAAUAGUUCCUGCCACUGAAGAUCAGGUGGGUCACCCAUCCCCAGCAGUACACCAGGAUUUUGUCAGAGAACAUCGGUUGGUUCUGCAAUCAGUAGCUAACAUAAAAGAGAAUUUCUUAACAAAUUCAGAGAGCAAAGCCACAAGCAACUUAAUGAUGCUGGACUCCAAAUCCAAGUAUGUCCUAGAGGGCAUGGUUGAGACUGUCUGUGAAGACCUGGAAACAGACAAAAAAGAGCUUGCCAAGCUCCAAACUGUCCAAUUGGAUGAAGAUAUGCAAGACUUAUAAACUUUAUCUCCCUUUCCCCACCCCCCACCUUUUUUUUUUUUUUUUUUCUGGCAUCAGACAGCAAAUCUUUUCACAAAGCCCUGAGGACAUAAAGCAUUUUCCCAUUUAAAGGGAAACACUAGUUUUGCAAGUAAAUGCAUUCAAGAGACUGGAUUGAUCUGCAUGAAGAUCACAGUUAAAUAUACAGAAGUAGGACUGCAUUACUGCAGUCUUUUUCUUCACAUAUGUUCUCUUUUAAAUAGAUGGAGACAGAGGAACAAGAUGGAAUAUAUCAAGUCAAAGUGUAUCAUUUGCUUGACUUAAUAUAAUUCUGAGGUCAAAUGGAACUUGAUAGUUUUUUAAAUUAAAAAUGUAUGCACCUAACAAAAUUAAAU